AUGCAGAAAAGAAUUGCAGAGGAGCUAAGACUUGACCAUAAGACCAUGUCCAUGUUUGACGAGCUCGACGAAGAGGAUGACUUCAAUGGGGUGGACCACGGCUCUAGGGACCGGGUUCGAAGUGUUGCAUCGAUGAUUGACCGAACCUUGAGGGAGGGUAGAUUCAUGAUGGUUUUUAUCAAUGGGAGUGGUGAUGAGGUGCUUCUAGGUAGACUUGGUAUUCCAGAAAAUAGUGAUUGCAUGAUACUAUGGACUUUCAGUACAAGGUGCGUGACAAUGGGCUCCUACUAUACCAAUAAGAUAGCAGAGAAGCUAAGAUAUACGGAUGUUCUGGUUUACUGCGACAGUUCUGCUGGAGGUUUAUCAAGCUCACAGUUUAUGGCACUGUUUAGUGAAGAGGCUGCUAACAUAGUUGCUCGUCACCCAUGUAUGCAGGGUGUGGACUUGACAACGGUGGUACAUUGUUGUCUCUAUGGGCUGCAUCUACACCACAGUUUUCAUGGCACCACUGGAUUUGUUUGGUCAGCUCAUUCUUCCAACUACUGGAUAUGUGAUGGGAUCAUGCAACAAGGGGAAAGAGAACGGGAGAUCAGCAAUGCAUUGCAUCCAGAAAUAAUCUUCGAGUGUGAUGCCUCUGUGCUUGAUGCUGUGUUUGAAGAGUUCAACGAUGACCCGAAGACUCCUUUUCUCGUAGUUAAGGAUGGUGACGAUGAUAUCUAUGAGGAGAGGCCUAAUUAUUAUCGUUGGAUUUCUAUCUCCUUGAAGAAUAAGAAAGUACAUGAGGGUAUGCAAAAUAUACUUGAAAGGGCAUCGUCAAUCUUCCUAGCACUUGAAACAGAGGAUAGACCAUACAGAUUGCCAAAUACCUUGUUUAAACAGUGCAGCAAACUUGGUGUGCUGGUUCUCUCAUGUUGUGCCUUCAGUUUUGUAUCCCCUCCUUUCCUCCACUGCAAUAAAUUAAGAUUUCUUGGGCUGGACAACUGCACACAUCAGAAUAAUAAUACAAGUAGUGAACCUGAAGGACGGGACUGUAUCACCAAGUGGGCAUUUCUGCAAAGCCUGUGGGUGCUUGACCUGCGUUACACAGACUGGGGUGAGAUCUUAUCUGAGGAAAAGAUAGGUCUUAUGGCUAAUAUCACAGAACUAAAUAUAGAAGGAGCUAGGUGCUGGCAGUAUACGGGUCAAUUAUUAGAGAAAAGGUUACCUUACCUUCAAAGACUUCGGAUAAUCAAACCUACACAUCAGGAAGAGUCGACAUCCUUGGACAUCAACAACUCAUUUGUGGGUAACAAACAGCUAGAAAUACUUGAUUUGUCUGGUAACAGUGACAUGAAAAGCCUACCGACAAGCCUAUCAGAGGCAAGCAAACUUCAAGUACUUGUUCUAGAUGGUUGUGAUGGGCUUGAGAAUGUUGUGCUGCACAACUCCUUGCUAAGGUCAUUCAGUUUUGAUGGCUAUGGACCAGCAUCCCAUUGGACAUCAACCGGCAAGCUACCUCCAAUGAGUUCUCGUCCAAAUGGUCCAUCUGCUGUAGAUAAUAAGAAGGAUGUCAGAGCCUGCAAGAUAUCUCUAGAAGGUUGCACAUUGUUGGAGGAUUUGUUCUUGCGUGGGCUUCCCAACCUGGAGGAGCUGGACCUUUCAGGAUGUGCGAUCAAGGUACUUGACUUUGGAGCUAUGGUGGUGGAUGUCCCGAGGCUCAAGAGACUCUUCCUAGUAGGCUGUGAGAACCUUCGUGCAAUAAAAUGGGGCUCAGAUGUGGAACAAUCACAGCUGGAGUUGAUCUGCAUAGACACACGGUCUAGAGUUGGAUGUGCUCAGCCAUUGUCCCUUUGCGCUCAACAGAAAUCCUUCUGGCUGCAGGUGCACGCAAUCAUUGCGGAUGCUAGGCUUGCUCGGUCCCUUUGGGCUCCCAUAUUUUCUGCAGCUUACAAUGCCUGUUAUUUCAACAUCAGCAUCACCUCUUCAGCUACAUGCAUGGAGACUAUUCAACCUGAAGCAACAACAGACAAGGAGAAGGUGACUGGAUCCAUUGAUGACCAACGACACUAUGACAUAGCUGCUAGAGACAUGUAUUGUGACAUCUUUACCAAGGUUGGUAAUAGCCCAACCCCGAUGCAGGCCUUCCCGCAAGGCCCAGCGGGACAAUUGGAUCGCCAUAUCGAGAUUGGUGACGGAAGUCGUAGCGUGCAGAGUGAGGUGGAGGCAGAUGAUUCUAAUUUGGCUUCAUUAAUGAGACGGUAUACCGAAUCCCUGCAUGUGCAUGAUGUCUCGACCUGCAGCAAUACUAUGCCUAGAGGUGAUUGGUAUUCCCUCAGGUGGUGCCGUGUCGAGAGGUGCCCCAGCUUGCACGCCGUCUUUCCUCCGGGCUCAGAGGAUCCUUUUGGUACGCUGGAGACCAUCUGGGUAUCGGAUCUCCGGAUGGCUCGUUGUGUAUGGAGCAAAGGUGUCAUCUACUAUUCUGUUGAUCGCUUCAGAAGCCUGCGGCACUUGCACCUGCGCUGCUGUCCAAGCCUCCUGUUCGGGCUUGCGAUGGGUGAGCGCCCCUCCUUCCCCAGCCUGGAGACCCUCCACAUCGUCCACUGCGGCGAACUCAGACACGUCUUCGUACCGGGUGAUGCUGACGAGAAGUACCAGCAUACAAGCGUCGAGUUCCCGAAGCUGACCACCAUCCACCUGCACGACCUACCAGCGCUGCAGCAGAUAUGCGAGGCCGCCGAGAUGCUGGCGCCCGCGCUGGAGACCAUCAGGAUCAGGGAAUGCUGGAACCUGCGCCGGCUGCCGGCCUUCAACGAGCCAGGAAAGAGGAGGCCGGCCGUGGAGGUCGAGAAGGACGCGUGGGACGCGCUGGAGUGGGACGGGGUGGACGCCAGGCACCACCCUUCCCUGUACGAGGCGCCGGUGCACUCGCGCUCCUACAAGAGGCACCUGCUCAGGAGCACCGUGCUCAGGUAA